AUGGCAUCUUCUUCUCAUAACAAUUUCGAGGAGUCAAUGGAUGAAACUUUCGAUCAAUUUUUUGAUCAAACUUUCGAUGACGCAUUCGAUGAAGCAUUUCAGAAUUUGGGUGGUCAAGAAGGCGAAAAGAAGACAAGAAAGAAAAGAGUUUUUAUCGAAAGAAACCGUGAAGAAGUUCCAUUCUUUCGUCAGAAGAAGGACGGUCUUGGAAGGCUUGGUCUCUCUACACUUCAGAAGUGUACAGCAGCUAUUCGUGUGUUGGCAUAUGGUUCUGCGCUUGAUGCAGUCGACGAAUAUCUCCGACUGGGUGCAACGACUACUCGACAAUGUGUGGAAAAUUUUGUGGAAGCAAUAAUAGAUUUGUUCGGCGAUCAGUACCUAAGAAAACCAACAGAAGAUGAUCUUCAACGUCUACUUCAUAUUGGAGAGCUUCGUGGAUUUCCCGGGAUGAUAGGAAGCAUCGAUUCUCCGCAAGUGAAUUUUUCGGUCAACGAAAGAGAGUAUCAUCUGGCUUACUAUCUCACCGAUGGUAUUUAUCCGAAAUGGGCAACUUUUAUCCAAUCCAUUCCACUUCCACAAGGGCCUAAAGCAGUUUUAUUUGCUCAACAUCAAGAAGCUGCCCGAAAAGAUGUCGAACGUGCUUUCGGAGUCUUACAAGCUCGAUUUGCCAUUGUAAAAAAUCCGGCACUUUCUUGGGAUAAAGACAAGAUUGGAAAGAUUAUGAGAGCAUGUAUCAUACUCCAUAAUAUGGUAGUAGAAAAUGAACGAGAUAGCUACAGUCUAUACGAUGUUUCUGAUUUUCAACAAGGAGAAGGAAGCGGAAGUUCACACGUCGAUCUCACAUAUUCAACAGAUAUCCCUACAAAUAUCGCCAAUCAGAUGGGUGUUCGAACAAGAAUUCGUGAUAGACAAGCACAUCAACAACUGAAACAUGAUUUGGUUGAGCAUAUAUGGCGUAAAUUUGGAAGUGAUUAA